AUGGUAACAGUCUUCCAUAGAGCAACAAGUAAAGCACCUGAAGUAGAUCUUAUGCUCGAAGCAACGCAACGAACCCCGUUCUCUAGAAGACUCGCUACUACGGCGGUAAAACGUGCAGUUAAGCCAAGGUUGGGCUAUUAUGACGGCAUGGUCGAUCCGCGAGACUUCUUGCUUACUUUCGGCAUAUCCCUCGGCCCUUUACAGUUCAGCCCGAUGGAAUAUGAUGCUGGAACCUGCCAGAUCUUUGCCGAGCAUUUGACAGGAACCGCUUUAAGCUGGUUCUCAAGACUCCCACCUGGGUCAAUCGAUAGUAUCAAGGACCUGAUAACUGCAAUCUUAAAGCAAUUCUCUGUUCUAAUGGAAAACAAGAACUCUCAUGCCGACCUAUACGCACUGACUCAACAACGAAAUGAAUCACUCUGGUGUUUUAUUGGACGCUUUAGAGAGGUCGUCGUCAACGUCUCGAUCCUAGAUGCGGCUGCUAUCAUUGCACUCAAGAACGCACUUUGGUACGAGUCUCGAUUUAAAGAAGAGCUAUCUUUAACUCAUGUGGAAACCAUAGCUGACGCCCUGGGACGAGCCGCGAAACACAUCGAGCUUGAAGAAGAGAAAAUGGUCAACGCUAAGAAACACUCCGGCGAAACAAGCGUCGCGACCAAGCAGCCAGUAAUCACAGCUCCGAAAGUCGAAUACGUCGAGCCACGACAACACUUUACCAUAAAUCAAGAUCGAACUCGUCGAACUUUUGCGAUCUGCGAAAAUAAAUACAUCCGGAAGGAAGGAAGUGAGAGCAGUGCGACCCAGUAUUGUGAUUAUCACCAAAGUACCACCCACGCGACUGAGGAAUGUCGUUACCUCCAAAUGAUCCUGAUGGAACGAUACAAAAAAGGGAUGAUGGUCAUCGAAUCUGACAGAAGCAAGACGACCCGGCCCGGUAACAGCGACAUCAAGCGAGCUGAGAAUAUCGCUCGAAAAUUUGUCAAGGAUUCCAAAACCCUCGACGAUCAAAGCGAAGACGAAAUGGAAACUCCAGGCGCCAUCAAUCACGAAAAACGGCAACGUACAGACCGAUAA